AUGCUUCAUCUGGCUCGACGAACCUCCUCGGUCUCGCUGCCUCCGCCAUCGUCGCCGCCAUCGGUGGUCUACGAACCGAACAGUGCUCCUGCAGCGCGUGAACCGCUCUCCCCAGCGCAGACUCUGUGGACCGCCCACCCCUCGCCGACCCAGACGCUUGGCCAUUCCAGCCCGGAGCUCCCUACUCUUCCGAGUCUUUCUGCCCUAGGAGGCCAUCCGCGUACCCCCUCAACCGCUGCGAGGCAGGACAGGACCGACACCUCCUACUACACCGCCAGCUGGGGAAGCCCGUACAGGCACCCGCCUCCGCCUUUCAACCGCCAGCGGCACCCUUCGACGCAGUUCGGCAGUGACGACUUGGACGGCGACUCUGGUCUUCAGUUCGGUCUCGAGCAUCUUUUGCCCCCGACACUUGUCCAAGACAACUCGCCCAACCGGUUCAAUCUCGAGCACCUUAUUCCACGACUGCAAGACAACGCGUCACCUAAUCAGUUCAACCUAGAGCACCUAAUCCCAUCUCGCCUACCUGUCACCCUCGAUACGCCUACGCAGCCCAACUUCGAUUCCGGUGCUACGCCACGAGUGUCCAAGUUCGAUAAUCAGCAAGCGACCGAAGAGUGGGUUCGUCAGUUUCUGGAAAGACGCUGGAACACCGAAACGAACGAUUGGAUCAGCGAAGAAGCUGCCGGUAGUGGACCGGAGAGCGAACCAACCUUCGACCAAGAGAACGGAGGAUCUCCAUCCAUCAAGAAGCACAGGUCGAGGAGGAACAACAAGACGUUGAAUCAGCAGGAUUUUUGGUCGCACUUCAGCCAAGGCCAGAAAGAAGAACUCGGCAAGAUGAUGGCCUCAAGAUAUGCGAAUCCUGACGCGGAUUCCCAUUCGCGGCAGGGUUCCGGAACGAGCCUUCGAUCCGGCCUGGGUCUUAGUCGAUGGGCUGCUCAACCCGCUUCUCCUGCCGAAAAACAUUCUACAGAGGCCUCCCAGCCCUCAGAAGAAUUGUCCAAGAAGCCGUUACCGAGCCCGCCUGCUCAACCUGCACCCCAGCCCGUCGCUCCACCGCGCACGCGGAAGAAGGUGCUGGUCAAGGGCAAAGGCGUUAUCAUUUCCAUCGCUCGAGAUAUCCCGCGAGGUACACCCGGGUAUCCACCCAAGCCGAUGAGCCCAGAAGCAGUGGACGCGAAGCUGCAGCAGUAUGAGGUCGAAGGGUACAACACGCAAGGCUUUCGUACCUGGCAAGAUGUUGGUGUUGCAGGGGGAAAGCCAUCAACACAGAAUCGAUCCAUUUGGCCAGAUGACGAGUACAUUCGAACGACGCGGUCUUCGGCCCCUAUUGUGCGAAUUUCUAGGAAGGAGGACUGGGAUGCAUACAUGAACCAUCUUGUAGAAGUGAAACUUGCAGCACUCGGCGUCGGUCUUGGUGGCGAGGAAGAUACACCGUCGCCAAUGUCGAGGCAGGCUUCGGUACAAUAUCCGGGCCUUCCCUUUUCUCCACCGCUGCCAACACCCUCAGGUGGAAGUCACCGCGGGAGACAGGGAAGCAUCGUCUCCGGCUCCUUCCCACUUGGUCCCUCACCUGGACACAUGUCACGGCAAUCAAUUGCAUCACCAGCAGCCUUUGCCAACCCUCGGGCGAGCAUGCACAUGCACAGGCAUUCGACGUUCUCGCCUGCGAGCUUUCUCCAGCAGACAGCUUCGCCUACGGGUGCGUUCUCACCCGGCAACUACUUUGGCAUGCAAGGUGCACGUGGAGGCUCGCCUGCUUUGCCUGCGUUGCCUUUAAGCAGGCCCGACCUUUCCGGACUUGCUUCGCCUAGCUCUCCAUAUGGCAUGAGGCCUAAUCAGCAGUUUCCUUUUCCGCAACCCCCCAAGGACGAUCUCCUGGCUCAGAUGCAACAGCAACAGCAGCAACUUCAAGCUCAACUCAUGCAACAGCAGCAGCAACAGCUUAUGGGUAUUCGACCGUCAUCGACGCUUGCUGAAGUCCCUGAAGCUGAGAGCGAAGACGACGAGCUACCUCUUAUGAAGAAUGCCACCAAGAAUGGUUCAGAAAUUGUCGUUCCGAGCCCACAACGUGGGCAUCGUCACAACAUCAGCGCGAAUCUUGAACGAGGUGCCCGCGAUGCUGAAUACCAUCUCGAGGAAGCGAUCGACAAACAAUUCAACGAAGGAGGCGACUUCAGCACUGAACCAGAAUCUACCGAGGAUCUUAGGCCAUCCAAGCCUGUGGCUGAAUCAUCGUGGCAGGGUUCGCGUCCCAUUCUGCAUCAGCCGCAGCCGCAUAGCAGAGCUCAUUCGCUUGCUAAGCAGCAGUCUAUGUUCUCAUUUGGCGGCGCUGCACAGGAGAAUCCUCGCGGCGACAGCGAUGGUGCAAAGACCAACAUUUCCGACGUGACGAACCCCAGUGUGGAAGAAGGCGAGAUCCGGGAGACGGACAAUAGUGCGCAGCAUUCCAAGUCAGCGUCCCAAGUCAGCAACUCCUGGAGAGACGCGAAGUUCGCAUUCGGGAAGCCUAGUUCCACGACGCACAGCAAACACACAUCGCACUCUUCGAUAUCCAAACUCAACGUUGAAGCCAAGGAAUUCAAGUUCAACCCCGCAGCCUCCUUCAGUCCUUCCAUGUCUUCCAGCUUCUCGUCGUUCACGCCUGCUCUCAAAAGCCCUGCAGAUGCUUCGGCGAGCAACAGGACGAGUCUCGAUGGCAUGUCCAACAUGAGCGUGACUGCACCGUCUUUCAAGCCGGAUGCGCCAGUCUUCAGGCCCGACGUCGCUCCUUUCAAACCGACCUUCGACGUACCGGCGUUCAAACCCGCUGUUAAUGCUCCAACGUUCAAGCCGACAUUCACGCCCAGCAACUCGUUCAUGCCCAAGAGCGGUUUCAGCUUCUCGUCCAAAGGACCAGGCAUAUUAACGCCUGACGCUCCUGCCUUUACUCCGGGUAGUGCGGAGUUCAAUCCGAGCGUCUCUGUAUCGAGCACUUCCUCUACCAUCUUCGGAAACGUCAACAUCACUGCCGAUGAUAUUAUCAAGCCGGCUAAGCGUUCCAAGGCUGUCCCUAUUGUGCGCCCAGACGCCACACGUCAAAGAACGCCUGAGAAGGAAGCUGAAGAGGAAGAACGCGAAGACGAGGAGGGUCGCAUUGCCAACCCUGGAGGACGCGAGAAGCGUGCGCGACGCGGUCGUGAGGAGGGAGACGAUGUGCCUAGAUUUGCACUGCAGCCUUUCCUUCCGUCGCAAGCUUUGGGUGAACUCCGACAAGGACGAGCACCAACACAGAGCCCUGAAAUCGAGAAGGAAGACGUGCCGGCGGAGAAGGAGAACGUCUCUCCUGAAGCAAAUUGUGCACAAUCCAAGUCAAAGAGCGCUGAGCCUCUGUCUCUCCAGAACGACAAGACUCUGAUCGAGCCCAGUGUACCUGUAGAGGAAUCUUCCGACGAGAAGACCCCGAUCGAUGAUUUCUCUGCUCAUGAAAGCGAUGCUGCUACGCCUACCGUUGAGGAAAUUCCCAAGCCGAACCUUCGAAAGCACAAAAGUUCACUUUCAGCGACCGCUAAGCCGUUCGAGUUUCGACCAUUUGCACCUUCUGGUGGUUAUGACUUUGGUGGCAUUCAUAUCACCAAACCAUCGGUGUCUCAAGACAAUGAUCCUGACAAGUCGCAAGUGAGCCCGCCGCGCUUUGCAAGCCGUAGCCCUGCGACCACCUACCGACCAAGCGACGAUGGGUCAUUCAAGACUGCUUUGGAAUCACGGAGGCAUGUAACGUACCCUCAGAGUGAGAGCGUCGACUUUGACAACCUUUGCGAUCCUUCAUUCAACGACAUUGAUGCUGUGAUGAAGCACAUGAACGACGAGGGCUCGGACUUUGGAGUCGAACGCGACGAGAACUCAUGGGUGCAGUCUUCUCCAAGGAGAUCCGUCCAUGAUUUUGAACGUUCUGAUCUGCCACCGAGCGCUAACAAGCUGCGUAGCGAUGCACCUAGUCCUAGUCCCCGUAGACUAUAUGCGCCGCGUAACAUGAAUGCCUCGUCAGCAUCUGGCAUCACCGGAGAUCCAUUUGAUGACGAUCGCGCCGCGUAUGAGUCUCCCGUGCAUCGCUUGAACAACGCAGAUGAAGUACCGAUGAGUGAUUGGGAUGAAGGUAUUUUGUCUGAAGGCGAAGAUAAGAUUCAAACACGCAGCAAAUUCUUCGACACGCACGUCGAUGAUAUCAUCGGGCGUCUGCUACAAGACCGUCUGGGGCCAGUGGAAAAGAAUCUGCAGGGCAUUCAAGACGCCAUUGCUAUGAUGUCGCAACGACCCGGCCGUGGCCGUCGCAGCAUGUCGACUACUGAACGUCUCGACAGCGAUGCUGACGACGAAGACGACGAAUGGGGUACCGAUUCACAUUACCGCAACCGCUCUCCUGGAAAGAACCGGAAGAUGGAAAAGUUCCGGGCUAUUGUCAAGGAAGCGCUCGAGUCGCACCAACCGCCGGUCACAUCCCUUCCAGUCCCGGUUCCAGAGCCCAUUCUACCAGAGAAGAUUCGCGAUAUUGUGACGGAGGCUCUCGCUGCACACCAGCCACAUUCCGCACCCGCCGACCACAUGAAACCCGAGAAUGUGCGCGACGUAAUCAUGGAAGCGCUUGCUCACCACCAGCCUCAGUGGACGCCUCCCAAACAUGAACCUCCUUCCACCGAGCAUCUGCAACCGGAUGACAUCCGUCUCAUCGUGAUGGAAGCCUUCGAGAUGCAUGCUCCACCGCCGCCUCCUAUGCCUGUUCCUGAGCAAAUCUGGCCUGAAGACAUCAAGUCGAUCAUCACGGAAGCUCUGGAGCAAAAGCCUCCUCUUGCACCGCCAGUCUUGCCAGUCAUUCAAGAACCUGUGCAGCCUGAUGCCAUCCGUGCUAUUGUCGCAGAAGCACUUGCUGCCCACAAGCCAGCUCCGACUCUGGAAGCUCCUAUCGACAUUCCCCAGCCACAAGUCGACAUGUCUGAGAUCUACCAAGUCAUUGGCAGCUUGAAGGCGUCCAUCGCGCAAACCACGAGCCAUCACUUGCACGCCGAAGAUGUUCGCGAACUCAUUGACGAUGCAUUCAAGCGACAGAACAUGGAGGUUGCCAAGCGGGAAGAAGUUCUAGCUAUUCAGGAAAGAGAUGCACGCAUCGAAGAGCUGGAAGAAAGGCUCAAAGAAGCUACUCUCCGAUCCGAGGCUGAAGCAGAGGCACGUAAGGAGCUCGAACUCCGCGAAGAGAACAGCGCACGCCUUCUCGAGGUCACCGAAAAAGAACUCGUGCUGCUCAAGGAGCAAGCUGCCGAUGACGAGACCAAGAUUCGUGUUCUCCAAGAUGAACGCGAGGUCUCCCGCCGCAGUCUUGAUUCCUUCCAAGCAGAGGAAGACGAGGUCCGCAGUAAAUUUGCUAAGCUGCAGGUUGAGCACGACGAACUGCGACUUCGGACCGCCGCUAUCGAAGGUGCUGAGUAUGAGGCAAAGAAGAAGCUCGAAGCCGUUACUGCUGAAAACGAGGCUCUCACUUACACUCUUGAAGAACAUCGUCUCUCAGCUAACAAAUGGCGUGACGAUCUCAAGCAUGCUCACGACGAGGCCGAAAGGAUGCGCAUGGCUAUCGAGCAGUCGCGCCUUCAGGCUGAGGAAGCCACAAGAGUUCGCGAAUCUAUGCGUGCCAAGUUCGAAAAGCUGCAGCAAGACAUGACUGUUGCCUCCGGCCAGGCUGCUGCUGAGCGUGCUCAGUGGCAGAAGGGUGACGAAGAGCACAUGAAGAAAUACGAAAUCUUGAGCGCUCGCAUUGAAGCUGAGGGUCGCACGCGUGAACGCCUUGAACGCGAGCUCGAGCGACUUGAGGGCCAGGAACGCGAAUUCAUGAAGCUCAGGUUCACACUUGAGCAGACGCAAAAGCACAACGCCAGGCUUGAAGAGACGGUUGAGCAAACCAGGCAGGAGAGCAUGGAAUUCAAACGAGCCGCCGAGCGGUACGAACGCGAAUUUCGAGAAGCCAGAGAAGCCGCCCACGCUGAGAUUCGCCGCAUGCGCACCCUGAUGGAGGCCGACAUCGACAAAGCCAACAAUCAGGUCAACAUUGUCCGACACGAUCUUGAAAGCGAAGUCGCCCGAGUGCGCACUGAGCUUGACAAUGUACGCAUGGACGCCGACACCGCCAAGGAGAAGCACGAGCUCGAUUUGGAGGCUGCUGCCGAUGCGAGGAGGGCCGCCGUUGGAGAGGCAUUGGAGAAGAACACUCUCGCCCUUGUCGAGCAACAGCAGACUUUCGAGCGCCGCUUAGAAACGAUCAAGAUGGAGCACGCUCGUGUAGUUGAGAUUGCUCGCGAGGACGAAGAACGGGCAGUGUCUUUCCACAAUGAGCGCAUCGCGCUUGCGGACUCAAAGAUGGACAACCUCCGUGACAAGAUCGCUCUCCUCGAAGAAAAGCUUUCUGUGGCAAAGGAGGCUGCCAGUGCCGCCGCCGCUGCUGCUCAGAACUCCAAGCCACCGACCGCCGGCUCAACCUCUUACGCGUCGGGUGCCGAAAAGAUCUCGCCGCAAGCUCUGCGGGAAUCGAUUGCCGUUCUCCAGGAACAACUGCAGGAACGCGAAUCUCGCAUCGAGUCACUGGAGCACAAGCUGGCUGCGGUCGACACCGAUGCUCCUGCUAAAUUGAAGGAGCGCGAUACCGAGAUCAACUGGCUCCGCGAGCUCCUUGGUGUCCGCAUUGAUGAUCUGGGCGAUCUUAUCAACGCCCUGGCUCAGCCUGCUUUCGAUCGCGAGAGCGUGCGCGACGCUGCUAUUCGCAUCCGCACCAACUUGCAAAUGGAGCAGCAGGAGAAGGAGCGAUUGAUUACCGGUGGCCAGAAGUCACUGCCUACGCUGUCAACGCUGUCUAACUUUGCCUCGCCUAAAGCUGUACAGCUUGCUGCGGCCUUUGGCAACUGGCGCAGCAAAGGUCGCGAGAGCGCCGCUUCUGCCCUUGCUGGUAAUUCGAGCAACCCAGUAUCGCGCAACCAAACGCCUUCUCGCCCAACCCCGCCAUCCGCCCAGUCCUUCCUAUCAGGGCUCAUGACCCCGCCUACGUCCAACCUUCGCCGGACGCCGGAUCUCCCGUCCUCAGGCGUCCGCCCACAGCCAUUGCUACGUACAAACUCGACGAGCUCGCGAGGCUCUGCCGCCGGCUUCCCCAGCUUGGGCAAGCAGCCGGUACCCAGCACCCCUCCGCUGAUGCGCAAAGCAUCGUACGACCAGGAUGCAGAGGUCGAACGGUUUAGCGAAAGCGGAUUCUACGACGAUGAAAGCACUGUCGACGGGGACAUGACACCCAUCGGUCUUCACUUUGGACAGCCGCUCGACCGGUGA